AUGCAGGAGCCUCCAGAGCUAUUGGCUUACAGGGCUCUGCAGGCGGUACAGCGCGGAAAUGCGGAAGAGUUAUCAAAGUUAAUCCAGGCAGGAGCAAAUGCGCAUGUCAUCAACGCGGUUGUCAAGACGGGCACAAGCCCAAAUGGACGCCCCGAUCGUGAGGCAAAGGGAGAUCUUCUUUAUCACGCGGUGGAUAAGGAAAACGUCGAGCUGGCUAAAGUUCUGCUGAGCAACGGCGCAGAAGCUAACGGCUCGAAGAAUGAUGAGAGUCCACCUCCGCUUCGAGCUGCGGUGGUGCGCAAUAAUCUAGAUCUGGUUACUUUACUUUUGAAACGGGGCGCGCAUGUGAACCGAACUUAUACGAUCACGACCGGUUUCACUAAACUCACGAUGACUGUUUUGUUCGAAACAACUUCCGACGCCAUUUACAAAAGUCUUUUCCGAAGAGGAGGGGAUGUAAAUAUCCGAGACUCCAGGGGUGACACGCCACUACACGUUCAUGCGGAACGCUGGGAUGCGACUGCUGUUAACGGGCUGGUAGAAUACGGGGCGGACGUGAACGCGCUUGACAAGGAACAUCGCACGCCAUUGUUGAGGGCAAUACAGCAGUGGGGAUUUCGAGAGGGUUGCCAGGAGGAGGAACAUUUCAUUGAUGUGUGUCAUAUUCUCAUGAGUCACAAGGCAACACCUCCUCCGGACUCCAUUACGAGCGAGGCUGAAAAUUCGGAACGUCUUGCUCGACGCUUACGGAUUGUUAAGGAAUGGGUAAAUCAGCGCAAUGUUGGGAUGGUGGUGCUAUCACAUAUACCCGUGGAGGUUUAUCGUCGAGGUGUCACUGACAUUGCGAGGUAUUUUGCAGCAAAUACGCUUGUUCCUGUUGCAGUUGAACACAAUGAGUAUCGAACCGAAGUCCUUCCGGAAGUUUCCCGGCGGCAAUCCAAAACUGGAGUUGCAGCGUGGAAAUCGGGGGAAGAGGUGCUACAGCGUCAGGUAGAGAUCCUACCUGCUCUGAGCCGUUCUCCAAGCCAGCGAAUACAUGUUUCAAGUUGCGAAGAUGUUAGCACCGUUAGCGAUGCAAGGCCAGCACUGCCUCCACUAGCAACUCGGUCCGAAUCGCCAGCAGUAGCCCCAUUGCUACUGUACCGCCUUAAGAUACUGCGUGCAACUGGCCUCCGUCGUGUACACAAGUACCGUAAACAGAGCCCGUACUGCAUCUGUCGACUAGUUCGUGGCGAUGGCGACGUACUCACCCACGUCCAGACAUCGGUGCACCCUGGAGGCGGGGAAGACCCAACAUGGGGAGGUCAAGUCUUCGAUCUGGCACUCACACCAGAGAAUACGCGAACAUGCACGCUGGUGUUUGUCCUCAAGCACUCGGGCAUGAUGACAUCUCUUAACGAGCGGAUCGCCACGGGCAUGAUGCCAUUUCCUUACAUCCCCGCUGGCCACUCGCUGACGCACAAGUUGCUGCUCUUGAACAAUGACCAACCCGCUGGACGCCUGAAAAUCUACAUUGAAGCAUACUAA